CGUUCACUGUCUUCAUGUCGCCAAAAUGCCUGUAGGGCCGUCCGGUGUUGUUGUGUUGACCGUCAUCUACGUCCUCAUCUCGCUGUCCGCGAUAAUCAUUGGCGCCCGAAUCUAUCUACGAUUGGCAAUACAAAAGCAGCGCCUCGUAACAGCAGACUGGCUACGCAUAUCAGCAUGGUGCACCGCAUUCGUCACCGGCUUCUUCGACAUACUCUAUGCGAAAGAGGGCGUUUUGCAUCCCGGGAUCAACUACACUCUGUCUAAUUGGGAUGCCCCGUUGGAGCAGCAGAUCAGAGUCCGGAAGUACAAUUGGGUCAAUCCUUUCCCAUUUUACACGACGUUCUAUCUCUGCAAGGCAUCGCUGCUCGUUAUUUAUCUACAGCUAUUUCCACCCUUUAUGGUUAUAAGAAGACUCAUGGUCUGGAUCGUGGUCGUGUAUUGUGUCUGCGCCUACAUCGUCACCAUUUCUCUGCAGCUCUUUCUCUGCUAUCCAAUUCAACGGAACUGGUCUGUCACGAAGCCUGAAGAAGCAUGUGAAAUCGCCACGAUACUUCUUCUGUUCCAAAUCAACUGGGUGUUGCAUUUCGUCGGAAGCAUUGCUCUUUUCUGUCUUCCGUUCUUCAUCAUCCACAAUCUCAAUAUGCGAAGGAAGGUUAAAGUCAGUGUAUACUGCAUCUUUCUCUUGGGAAUCAUCGACAUAGCCUUUUCCCUCACGCGCUUCUUGACCAUUCAGCUCGGUGAUAGCGAAGACUUUCGAUCUUUUACGAUAAUUGAACUCUGGUGUUCCCUCGAUGUCUACAUCGGUCUCGUCAUCUGCUGCAUCCCAGCUCUCCGACCAUAUCUUCAUAGGAAAGGAGUCAACUACAACAUCCAAGAAUCAGGACGCCCUUCGAAGUCUGGUCAUGCGAUACGCCGGACAGGCCAGAGCGGAUUUGAAGAGAUAAUCCAGGGGUCAGGACUUGAGGGCGAUUGCCGAAAUGAUUCAUGGUCUGCAUCUCAUUCUUGUGAGAUUACAGCAGAAUUGAGUGAUAAAAAGGGAAAUGGUAGUGAUAUCGAGCUGGUUAGUGUUGAGAUCAAUAAGAGUAGUGCGUAGGUCGGAGAUAUUCAGCGCGAUAAAACAGCAGCGAUUAAAUAC